AAAUAAUUCAUCAUCUACAUCAUCUACAUUAUAUCAUAAUGAUUAUAUGAGAAAAGAAUCGUUUAUAAUAAAUAAUAGUGUCUCCGAAGUUGAAACUAAACAGAAUCUGGUGAUUCUGAUAUCGAAUAUAAUAAAAAUGUGGAUGAUAACGUUGGUACAAAAAAUCACGCUUGUAUAUUAUAUAACAAAAAGCCUAUGAAUGCGGGCAAGUUGGUUGUAGAAGAAAAUUUUCUUCAAAAUCCUUAUUUUAAAAAGAGAAGCGUUAUUUAUGCAGUGAUCCUAAAUGCGGAAAACGAUUCUCACAACAAAGCAAUUUAAAAAUUCACAUGAGAACUUAUACUGGCGAAAAGUCAUAUAAAUGUAAGAACUAGAUUGUGGAAAGACUUAUGCUCGAUCUAGUCAUUUAUCAGAUCAUAUGAGAAUACAUACUGGAGAACGAUACGCUUGCGGUUUUCCUGGCUGUGAAAAAAGAUAUGCCCGAUCUGUUCAUUUAGCAGAACUCAUACCGGCGAACGUCCAUAUAAAUGUAAUGAACCAGGAUUUGGAAAAAGUUUUUACUCAAUCCGAUCAUUUUACUCGCCAUAUUAAAGGUCAUGCUGAAAAAAAUGUUAUACGUGUAAUCAACCUGGCUGUAAAAAGAUAUAUUCUCGAGCUACUGCUUUAAAAAGUUAUAUAAAAUCUCAC